UUGGAAAUGAGCUCAGGAACUAUAUGAUUUACUGAACUAUGUAUCGCGAGGUAUUAAAAAAACUAGCUUCCAGGCUUUUCGGUGACUUGACCUUGAGCACACUUCCUCCUUGUCGUUGAAUGUCUGGAAGAAGCAUGCAAGUUUUUGGUCAUCUGCGGUCUGUUUGGACUUCACCGUUCACCAAGGUUGCAAAUUCACUGAUAUGCCCACUACAGAAUAUCCGUUUUUACGCUGUACCUGGGGUCAAAACUGCCUAUGUUCGCGACAAGCCUCAUAUGAACAUUGGUACCAUAGGACAUGUUGAUCACGGAAAGACUACCCUCACUGCUGCCAUUACAAAAGUACUUGCUGAAAAGAAUAGCUCAGUCUAUCGGACUUAUGAGGAGAUUGAUGCUGCACCAGAAGAACGACGACGUGGCAUAACAAUUAAUGCAGCAGUGGUUGACUACUCGACGUCUAACCGACAUUAUGCACACACAGAUUGUCCUGGUCAUGCUGACUACAUAAAAAACAUGAUAACCGGUGCUAAUCAGAUGGAGUGCGCCAUUCUUGUCGUAGCAGCCACUGAUGGCACUAUGCCACAGACUAGGGAGCAUUUAUUAUUGGCUAAGCAAAUAGGAAUAGAAAGAUUAGUCGUUUUUAUCAAUAAAGCUGACGCAGCAGACCCAGAGAUGCUAGAAUUAGUUGAAAUGGAAGUCAGAGAUACAUUAAAACAAUAUGGAUUUGAUGGAGAUAAUAUACCGAUUGUCAGUGGUUCUGCCCUUUAUGCACUAGAAAAUCGUGAUCCUAAACUUGGCAGUGAGAAAAUUGAAAAAUUACUUGAUGUGAUUGAUUCAGUUCCUUUGCCAGAGCGCGAAAAAGACAAACCUUUCCUACUUCCUGUCGAACACGUGUUUUCCAUUACUGGUCGAGGUACUGUUGUUACAGGUCGGAUAGAACGUGGAAUCCUCAAGAUCCAGUCACCAAUAGAAAUAAUUGGAUAUAGUCAAGCUCUAAAAUCCACAGUUACUGGAAUUGAAAUGUUUCAUCAACUUUUGGAUCAAGCUGAAGCAGGUGACCAGGUGGGCAUCUUGUUGAGAGGAGUGAAAAAGGAUGAAGUAAGACGUGGUCAGUUUGUUGUAGAACCAAAGUCCAUGUCAAUGCAUGACUAUGUCCAGUCUCAGGUAUAUAUGCUUUCAAAGAAAGAAGGUGGCCGUACUAAACCAUACACAAGCAAUCAUCAAUUCCAUGUAUUCAGCAAAUCAUGGGAUUGCCCUGCCGCCCUAGUGCUCCCUGAAGGUAGGGAAAUGGUUAUGCCAGGGGAAGAUGCAGCUGUGAACCUACACUUCUAUAAGAAAAUGGCUCUUGAAGUUGGUCAGCGUUUUACCAUUCGUUCUAGUGGCACUACUAUUGGUUAUGGUGUAGUGGGCAAAGUCCUUCCUGGUCCCGGUCCAUUCAGCUGGUCUAAAUAGUAUCCAAUUAUAUUUGUAAUGAUUUCCAAAUUCUAUGCUUCAUGUGUUACUGAAUAAAUUCUUAGUAAGAAUAUAAUGUCUUACUAUUUCCUUAUGUUAAUUUACUCGGUAUAAACAUCUUCAGUAGCCACUCACUUAUUAGUGCACAAAAGUGCUUUCAAUUAUUUUAUACUCAUUAGUCACCACUAAACAUUUAAAAUUUAAUCUUAUAGUUCUAAAGAGUAAAUUUCAUGAUAUAUUUUGUCAAUUACUUACCAACAUUGCCGCGUUAAAAAGGAUGAGUAACACUGAUUUCUAACAUUUUAGAAUUUUGUUUGCUUGGUUUUCUAAGUGUCAUACGAGAAGUGCUCUAUAUAUAUUCAGGAUGUACAGG